AGAGAAAAAAAAAAAAACAGUUCACUUGCUGCUGUCGUUUUUGUCUUGAAACUUGACGUGUGGUUUUUGGAUCUUGUUAAACGUGUACAUGUAAUACAUAAAUUAAAAAUAAUUGAUAGAUAAAUUAUUAUAGAAUAUAGAAAAAAAUAAAUAGAUAUUAAAAAUGUCAAGUGAAAGUAAAACCUUAUGGUAUCCGCGAUAAUCGCGAGUAAAAUAUCAUCUUGCUGAGUAUUUUUUUUUUCAUUUUUUUUAUUUUUGGUUUGUGAAGAUCUUGUGGCUGGAAUAAAAUACUGGAUAGACAAGAGUUGUUAUUGCAAAGCUCGGAUUUUUAAGUAUGAUGAUAAAUACAACAACAAUGGCAGAUGCAGCAGUAUCAACAAUUGCAUCUGUUAUUGAUAAUGUAACACCAACAAAUGUUGGUAUUGUAACAAGUACAAUUAAAAAUAUUGGCACAAUUGAACCAACACCAAUAUUUUUACAAACAAAAUCAGCACAAUUUAUUUCUGGAGUAUUUGUUUGGAUUUCACUAUUUUUAACUUGCCAACAGAUUUAUCAACAUUUAAGGUGGUACACAAAUCCAUCUGAACAAAGAUGGAUUGUUAGAAUUUUAUUUAUUGUACCAAUAUAUGCAACUUACUCAUGGAUAUCAUUGCUAUUUUUUAAUAAUGAAAGUUAUUAUGUUUAUUUUUUUACUGUACGUGAUUGUUAUGAGGCAUUUGUGAUAUAUAAUUUCUUAUCAUUGUGCUAUGAGUAUCUUGGUGGUGAGGGUAAUAUUAUGUCAGAAAUACGUGGUAAACCAAUACGUUCAAAUUGUUUAUAUGGUACAUGGUGUCUUGUUGAAAAAACUUAUACAAUUGGAUUUUUACGUUUUUGUAAACAAGCAACAUUACAAUUUUGUCUUGUUAAACCAGUUAUGGCAUUUGUCAUAAUAAUUUUACAAUCAUUUGGACAUUAUCGUGAUGGUGAUUGGUCACCAGAUGGUGGUUAUAUUUAUAUAACUGUUAUCUAUAAUAUCAGUGUAUCACUUGCACUGUAUGGAUUAUUUUUAUUUUAUUUUGCAACAAAAGAUCUUUUAACACCAUUUGAACCAGUUCUUAAAUUUUGUACUGUAAAAAGUGUCAUAUUUUUGUCAUUUUGGCAAGGUGUUAUGCUAGCUGUAUUUGAAAAAGCAAAUAUUAUAUCACCAGUUAUUGAUAGUAUGGGACAUUCAGCAACAAGUGCUGGUACAGUAUCAGCUGGUUAUCAAAAUUUUUUAAUUUGCAUUGAAAUGUUAUUUGCUGCAAUUGCAUUACGUUAUGCAUUCCCUUAUCAAGUCUACGCAGCUGGCUGUGUCACUGACUCCAGGGGUCGAAGUGUCACCAUGCAAAGUAUCAGCAGUAGUUUAAAGGAGACUAUGAAUCCAAAAGAUAUCAUGACAGAUGCAAUCCAUAAUUUCCAUCCUCAGUAUCAGCAGUACACUCAGUACAGCUCAGGUAUGAAGAAUCAACGUGGAAUGAGAGUAUCAAGUUUUGAUCCAGAUGAUCCACAGAAUAUGCCUGUUCCACCACCGCAAAGACGUAAUACAUCAAAUCAACGUGUCGCAACGAUAUCACAAAAUUAUAAUGAAAAAACAAUGCUACUUAGCAGUGAUGAUGAAUUCCAAUAAUUAAAUUUAUCUAAUUUUUAAACAAUACAAUUCAAAAACAAAAAAAAAAGAUGAAUAAAUAAAUUUUAAAUAAUUAAUUUUAAUUUAACCAAAGGUAAAAUUGUGGUUGUUAUUAUAAAAUUAAAAAAAUUUAAAUUAAAAUAACUAAUAUCUCGAGAGAAUAAUUUUUAUAAUUUUAAUUUUAUAUUGUUAUUUAAAAAUUGAAAUAUAAAACCAAGUGCAAUAUAAAUUUAUUCUUUAUUUUUUUCUCGAGAUAUAUUUAUCAUAAUUUUUAACAAUUAAAAAUUGAGAUUUUUCUUUUGUUAAUUAUUGGUUUUGGUAAUUUUAUUUUAUUGGAAUGAUAAAAUUAAUAAUAAUCAAUUUUAUAAUUUAUAAUUUUUAUUUAUUAUUAUUAUUUUAUGUUACACAGUACAAGAAUAGUAUAGAUAUAUUUUAUUUAUGCUAAUUCGUUAAAUAAAUGAAAUAUUAAUAAAAUAUAAAAAAAAAAAUAAAACAAAAUUGUUGUGCAAUUGAAUACAUGAUUUAAAUAUUAUAUAUAUUAAACGGCUUUAAAUUGCCAAUCAUAUUUUCGUUUUUUUCUUUUUGUUUUUCAAUUAAAUUCUUCGUCAAAUACUUGUACAAAUGAACCACAUAAUUAAAGUACUUACAAAUAAUUAAAAAUAAUAAUUAAAAAAUAAAAAACAAUUAUUAUUUUUUUUUCUUUUAUAAACUCUGAAUUUAUACAUUACAUUUAAUAUAUAUUGUUCAUUAAAAUUAAUUAAUUAUUAAUUUUUAAUAUUUAAAAAAUAUUAUUAUUUUUCUUCCAUCAAAAAAAAAAAAAAACCAUUGACUAUACAAAUUUAGAUUAUUUUCAAAAUAACAUAAUUAACAAUAAUUAUUUUAUCAAAAUGAAUGAAUUUUUAAUGUAAAAAUACAAAAAUUAUAUUUAAUAAUGACAAUGAACAAUUUUAAAAUGAUAAUUCAACCUCGAGCCAACAGAUUUACUUCGCGUCCUAUUAAAAAAAUUAAUACAUGUAUACUAUUGAAAAAUAAUAAUAACACGAUUAACACGAGUAAAAAAUAUAUUUCAAUUAAAACCACAAACUGCUAUGAAACUAAAAAAAAUAAUAAAUUCACGUUUAAUUAAAGUAACGAAAUAUUAUUGUCCAGGAAAAUUGAGAUUUUCUUUUUUUUUUUUUCGCUCAAUAAUGAUGUCUUUGUGUAUUAUUAAAAUGUCUAAAUGAUAAUUAAAUAAAUGAACAAAUAAUUGUUUAAAAUGACGAAAGAAAAAUUAACAUAAAUAAUUAAGUAAAAUAAAAUUAAAAAAAACUAAUAAAUAAUGAAAAUGUUUAUUGAUUGAAGUGUCGAUUGAAAAAAAAAAAAAAAUUGCAUUUAAUUAUCCAUCAUUCAUUCAACAAACGUUAAAAAAAAACACGUAAAAAAAAAAUGAAAAAAAAUUACGAUUUCACGAUUAAAUGACAAUGAUAGAAAAUAAAAAUUAUAAAAAAAUAAUAACAAAAAUAUUAGUAAUCUGUUAGAAGAGUCUGUAAGCCUCAAAAUAAAUAUUUUUAUCUCAAAUAA